AUGCCAGACACACCCAUCAAGAGAAUCACCAAGCCCUCGAGCGCCAACAAUGACGAAGUCGAGCUUUCUACUGAACCACGGGAGCAUGGUUCUACGAAAGGCCAUGAGGCUCCUAAGCCGAGUAGCUACCCCGUCUCCACUGGCGACCAUCACCAGGACGCCGAUGGAGGCAUUCCCAGCCCCAAUACCGCCGACCCCGAUCUUCAUCAGCCGACGCGUUCCUCUGCAGCUUCCACACAAUGCCCUCAAGACGGUCAACCCGGGUUAGAGAAGAAUACCCAUCCAGAGAUCAGGGAGGAUGAUGAUGAGAUGACAAUGUCCGACGAGGAAUGGAGAAGGACCGCGUUCAGGCGUAUGGUUAUACAUAGCAUUCAUGAGAGUGUCCGACGGCGCCGAGAAUUCCUCGAGAGAGAGCGAGACAGAGAGCGAAACGUUGGUCCUGAUACACCUCGCGGCCAGCCACAUUCCCCCAAAGAAGAGGAGGUCAGUCUUUUGACGACACCAUUGCACCCGAGGAGAAGGAGUACCUAG